AUGGAUCGCCAGCAAGUUGAACUCUGUGGCAGCAUGUGGCAAGUUGUGUGUUUCCUGUGCUGCAUCGCUCUGGCAGCAGCUGCCUUGGUUGUGCCUCAGCCUGAUGUGGAAACAACACCCGGCUGGGAGGUUGACUCGGAGGAGACAUCGUCAGCGCCAGAACUCAACUUGGAUGACUUCUACGACUACGAGGGCAUGAUGAAAUAUCUGAGAAACCUAACCGAGGCCGAAUGCUGCUUGGUGAAUUACCAGACGCUGGCAUACACCAGCGAGCAGCGUGCCGUGGUGCAGGUAACCAUCUCGGAGGAGCAGGAGACGGCAAACAAAAAGGUCAUCAUCGUGGACGCUGCCACACAUGGCAACGAGUGGAUAACCACAACGGUGGCCCUCAAGAUUAUCAACGAACUGGUCGUGAACUCCGUUGAGAAUGUCCAACUGCUGCAUGCCUACGACUGGUACAUUCUGCCCAUGGUCAAUCCGGAUGGCUACGAGUACUCGAUGCGUGAGAAACUGAAGCUCUGGAAGAAGAAUCGCUCCACGAACGGCGGGCAGUAUGGCACCAAUCUCAAUCGCAACUACGACACACACUGGAAUGCCACGCAACCGCCAGCACCAAGCCAGAGCCAGGACUAUGCGGGGAGUAAGGCAUUCAGCGAGCCGGAGACCGAGGCAAUUGGCUCGCUCAUGCGUCGCCUGGUGGCCACCGAUCGACAGUUCCUCUACAUAAGUCUGCACACGGAGAACAAAUCUAUAUUCUAUCCAUCGGUUUACGAUUCCAAACCAACUCCAUCGGAUGGGCUGCUCCAUGCCAUCGCUCAGUUUGCCAGUGCAGCAAUCUACGAGCGAACGGGCUCCGUUUAUGUGCCUGGCCUGGCCCAUGGCUACCAUGGCGUGGGCGGCACCAGCCUGGACUAUGCCUACGAUAUUGGCAUCCCGCUGGCCUUCUCCUUUGAGCUGCCCGAAACUCGCUCGGAGGCUGAGAACAAAACGACUUUCAUCUGCAAUCAGGCCAACGAGGGUUGGCAGGGAGUUAAGCAGCUGGCCCUUGGGGCGCUCGAAAAGUAUGGCAAUUCCACAGCCAAUAAUAUUAGUUCGAUUACCACAACGAGUGGUCCAGCUGCAAAUUACACCAGUACGACGAGUGCACCAGCGACGAAUGAUGCCUCUCGGUGUGUGCUGGCGAGUUGGAGUCUCGCUGCACUGCUGGCGUGUCUGUGUGCCGCAGCAAUGAUAAAGUAA